UGUUCAAAAUGGUCCAACUUAAUUUCCAUGCGACUCGAAAAAGUAAAAUAUCUGGUCAGGGUGCGGCCUCUUGAUCAUUUUGAUUAUACCAAAAUUUGGGUAAAGAAACCAACUACUGUUGCACGCUACAAUUUACGGGAAUUGUUACCAAAUCUCAGGAUUUUAACUAUUCCAUGUCUCGGUCCCAGGGAUCAAAAUAAGAUUAGAGCAUUGGUAAACUGUAAUUCAAAUAUCAAAGGUUUGGUUGGAUUGAAAAUUGAUGAUCUACUAGAUUUGAAAAAUGUCGAGAUGGUCACAAUGGAUAAUGCUAUGUUCGACUAUAAACAUAAGUUUCAACCUGAUCAGUUGAAACAAAUUCGAUUUUUUUCAACAGGUACCCGCAUGCGAAAGCUUCAUAAAUACGUCCAAUACUUUCCAAAUUUGAAGCGACUCAACUUCAAUUGCUGCGAACGUAUCGGGUACUAUGGUCCGCAAUUGUCCAAUUUGAAGAUUCUGGAAUCUUAUUUAUACGGAUGGGAUGGAGAUCUUGAUGAAUUUUAUCUGUUGGACUUUUGUCCAUCUUUAGAAAGCGCUUUCAUCAAAAUUGCGGUACCAUAUGAGCGCGUUGAUUCGUCCAUAAAGAACUACAAUUUGAGAGAUUUGGUUAUUGAAAUAUCACGGGAUGAACAGCUGAACUGGCGUUUUGUACGUGCGCUGUUGUCCAAAUUUCCUAAUUUACAUCAUCUUGCGAUUAGAGGCCCUUGUUUUUAUAGUACUAUAUAUGGUAACGAAACAAAUGAUGAUCGUAUUAAGGAAUUGGUAAAGAUUCUACCAGAAAUAAAACUAUUUGACUUCAGAAAACUCAGAAGAAUCACGCGUAAAUCAGCGGAUUUCUUAUCUAAAUAUUGUGCUGAAUCUAAUCGAUCAAUCAAAAUCUAUUAUAACUGUGAAAAGGAACCAGAUGAUUGGCCAAAAUACGAUACUCCUCGAGAAUCAAUCGUCUACGGAUUCGAUUUCAUGAAACAUUGUUUUUAUAAGAGUUUUUCCAAUCUUCCGGACCUAAUUGAUGAAUAAAAGCAUCUACAUUUUAUUAUAUCAAAUAAUAUUAAUAUUCUUCCAUGGAAGAAGCGA